GCCAGCAUUGUGAGAUUAGCUUUGCAUAGCUGCUCUUUGAUGCCAUCUUCAAAAUCUUCCAUAAAUUCAGGGGAGAGAUGGCUAUGCCUGCUGUAAGCUUUCUAGUUGACAAGUUGGGCAACUUGCUCGUUGAUGAAGCAAAAAUUCUGAGAGGUAUCCGGACAGAUGUUCGUGACUUAAUGGAUGAACUCGAGAGCAUCCGUGCCUUCUUGAAGGAUGCAGAUGCAAGGGGAGAGACGGAUGAAGGAGUGAAAAUUUGGGUUAAGCAAGUGAGGGAUGUAGCUUAUGAAAUUGAAGAUGCCGUUGAUGACUUCAUGCUUCGCAUACAUCAUCAACAAAAGCCUGGAUUUAUUGGCUAUCUUUGUAAAAUUGUUCGCCUCUCCAAGGAGUGGAAAUCACGGCACCAAAUAUCUACUGAUGUACAGGAAAUCAAACGAAGAAUCAUUGGAAUUAAAGAAAGAAGCCAGAGGUAUCGCUUCAGCAUUUCAGAUCAAGGGUCAAGCUCUGGUGCCAAGCCUGACACAUGGCACGAUCCUCGAGUCUCUGCCUUGUAUGUUGAGGAUUCAGGCAUUGUCGGUAUUGAGAAGCCUCGAGAUUAUCUGGUCCAAUUGCUAGUAGAGGGAGAGUCCAAAUGCACAGUGAUUUCUGUGGCAGGCAUGGGUGGUCUGGGCAAGACCACACUCGUCAAAAAAGUCUAUGAUGUCCGAAAGGUGCAAGAACACUUUGAAUGUCAUGCUUGGAUCACAGUGUCACAGUCUUUUAAGCCUCAAGAGCUCUUGAAGUCCAUGAUGAAGCAAUUUUACCAAGAAGAUGAGGUAGUCCUUAGAGGACUAGAUUCCAUGGAAGAAGUUCAGCUGGUAAACAAAUUAAGGGAGUAUUUACAACAGAAAAGGUAUGUCAUUGUCCUUGAUGAUGUUUGGACCAUAGAAUCAUGGAACUCUAUACAACAUGCUUUACCCAGUAAUGAUUGUGGUAGUAGAGUGGUGAUCACAACACGCAACAAUGACGUAGCUUCUUAUUGCAAAAAGUCAAAUUCUAGCCAUGUUUACAACCUUAAACCUCUACCUGAUACAGAAGGUUUUAGACUAUUUUGCAAGACAGCGUUUGCAUCAGAGAAUUGUCCUUCAGAUUUAAAGGACCUGUCUCUUAAAAUCCUGAAAAGAUGGGAGGGUUUGCCUCUAGCUAUUGUAGCUACAGGUGCUCUUUUGGCAUUGAAAGAUAAGACGAGAUUUGAAUGGCAAAAAUUGCUUGACAAUCUUGGCUCUGUGUUCGAAAACAAUCCCAUUCUAACAAGAAUGGCAAAGGUUUUGUCAUUGAGUUUCAAUGAUUUACCUUACCACUUGAAAUUUUGUUUCUUAUAUUUUGGCAUCUUCCCAGAAAAUUAUUCAAUCAAGUGUGAGGCUUUUUCGAUUGUGGACGGCUGAAGGAUUCGUGGGAC